GACACGACGAAUUUAACACGGACAUCAGUCACUAUUGUUUCUCCUUUGUCUACCGAUCUUGUUGAAGACCGUACCAAUCUGGUGCACUGACUAUUCUUACGUACAUCAAAACCUUUCCACCAUUUCAUCAGAGAAAAGAAAAUGUCAGACUCCGAAAUGGAUGAAAAGCCACGCUUGCGGUCCAAGCAGUGGCUGCAAGAAGAGCGACGAAGCGUCGCACUGGUGGGAAAACCGAAGGAUGAAAACGACGGAAAUGCGAACCAAGUUUCCAACAAGGCGAAAAAGCGGGAACAGAUUCGCGAGGCGCAGAAAGCCAAGCGGGACGCGAAGCAGGGAAAAACCUCGAUUAAAGAUUAUCGAAGUGAAUGCUUGGCCAAGAAGCAGGAGAAUGUUUUGGACGUAAAGGGUAACUCUGCGAGCGACGCUCUCGUUGCCAAAUGCUUUCAGAAGGAGACCGGAAAAAUAGCACCAGGCUCCAAAAACAAAAACCCCCGGCCAAAACUGCGUUUGGAGAUCGCACUCCAGAGCAUCGCGGAAACAGCGACCCAAGUCUCCGCGGAACCGGAAAGAGAACUGGCGACUAUCUUUCCGUUUUUCAUGAAGCUGUACCAGGCUUUGGAUGCCCGCUCCAACCGAACUGCGGACGAAGAAAACGUGAAGCACUGCGCGUUGAUCAGCGCCAUUGCUGUGCUGCGGGACAUCCUUCCCGGAUACAAGCUACAGCAGAAUUCGCUCGAGAAGGGCAAAACGAUUUUGUCCCGUGCGGUGCUCCGGACGCAGAAGUUCGAACAGCUUCUUUUACAGCAAUACGAAAAAAUCACGACGCAACUGCUCGUGAACGUGAAGCAGAACCCGAUCGUGUACGCGGUUCCGCUGUGCUCGCUGGCGACCAGAAGUAAGGCAAUGCACUUCAACUUCCGGACCCGCUUGGUCACGGCUCUGGUGAAAUUGGCGAACCGGAAAGUAGUCGCAACAAACCGGGAAAAUAAAUCGGAGGAAACCGAGCUGAUUGUGAAGCCGGCGUGCGAAGCAUUGAAAGACAUUAUCGAAAAGGACAAAGGUUUGGAAAUCUGCAAGGAGAUCGUCACCGCCGUCGGGCUUUUCGCCAAGCGGGCCUGCGCAAACAGCUCGAACAAGCAGAGUAGUGCGGCGGCUGCUGCGGGAGAGAAGAAUCUCAAACAGGGACAACAAGCUGGCGGUGUAGAAAUUUCCAAAUAUGCGAGUAGUUCUACCUCCAGCCAGGUGGAUUUGUUGUCCCCGCAUUUACUCAACACGCUGCUCCACCUCCGAUUGGACCGCUCCCGGGAGUUGUUGGAGGACAGCACAUCAAAUAACGACAGCAGCAAUAAAGCCGAUGAUGAAGGCGACGACGAUAUUCUGAGUAAAAACAUCCCCACCCCAGAGUUGUCAAGCAAAUCUGCAUGCCAAAAAAGUUUUUCAUGCGAAGCCCCAUGAGAAGCUUUUUGUAGUCGUGUUUUGGGAUUUGUGAUGCUAGAAAUAGCAUGAUAUGCUAGAUCUGUGAUGCUGCUGAACUAGCUAAACAGGACUACACUACGGGGACAAACUUGUCAUGCGAAACAACCAAAGUUGGCUGAUUUGUCUAGCAGAUUUCCCAUCUUGACUCUGGUGUGGGGACAUUUUUACCCAGAAUAGACGAGGACAUAGAGCGCGAGUUGCUGGAAGGAUCGCUCUCGACGAAAAAGAAGUUGGAGCUGAAGAAACUCGAGGCGGACUUAUAUCAAAUGUAAAAAUGUCUGGGUCAGGGUUGGAACUUGUGAUGCAAACUUUGGAACACACAAAAACUUGUGUUGCAUGACCGCCAAAAGCUGUCCAUUUCUUGGCACGCAAGUAGGAAGUUUCUCAUGCGGGACAGGCAUCAUGAGGCGUGCUCAAAACCUGUGAUGCUUUCGCCUGCAUCAGACGCGACUUGCGUGAUCCGAAAUAUGCAUGACAAAUCUCAGAAUCUUCCAGACCCAGACAUUUUUACAUUUGAUAACUUACUCGCCGAGGUGAUUGUGAUCUACCUGCGGGUCUUGCGCGUCCACUUUAACUUCUCGCCCACGGUGUUGCGGUCCGCGCUGCAGGGCUUGGCGCAGUUCGCGACGCUCGUGAACGUUGAGUUGCUGCUGGAGAUCCUGCAGGAGGUGCGAGAGGUGCUGCAACACGCGCUGACCCGGCUGGACGCCGAGCACGCAAGCUUAGCACUCUGCGCCGCCGUCAAGCUGCUCGCUUCCCCGGCCGGUCGCUCCUUGGCGCUCGGCGACGACUUGCAGUGGGUGGCAACGUCGCUUUUCACAGCUCUGCCACUGUUUCUGCUGUGCGAAAAUAAAGAGGCAGAGCAGCAACAAGAGGAACAUCAAACGCCUUCCAGUAUCAAGGACGCCCGCGCCGAGAUCCUGCAACUGAUCGGGUUAUGCGUCAACGAGUGUCCCCAGGUGUUUUCCAAGUCCGCGAUGAAUUCGUGCGCGUUGUUGACCGAGGGCUUGGUCCAAGACCUCGCUGGCGCCGGGUUUUCCACACAGUUCCUCGCGGAGGCGGGGAAACUGAUCCAGAAGCACCAGAAACUGAACAACGUGCUCUCUGCGGAGGGUGGUCUUUUCGGAGUCUUAUCCGAGAACGGGAUCGUGGAGCGACCGGUGCAAGUGUUUUACUCUCUGCAGGCUCUGUCGCAGCAGCAGGACCCGGCGGUCGCACGGCUGGCGAAGUUCCUAUUGCAGCAACAUGGGAAACUGUUGCAAAUGCCGACUUGGGCAACUACCACGGGCGGUGAGAGCGCACGAGAAAGCAAGUUGAGCAAGAAGCGAAGAGGGGAAGAGUCGGAGGCAGAGAAGGCUUUCGAUGUGCUUGCGGGAGUGGAAUUGCCAAAACGACAAAAGCUGGCACGCCGGGUUUUUCCCAUCGAAAGCGUGGAUCAAAUUCCUUCGUUGUGAAUGAGAACUGCGAACAACUUUGGACUGCAUUUCAAGCUAUUUUCCCGUUAUUAAAGUUGAUGUAAAAAGCGCAGACUGUGAUUCACAAAAGAGCGAACAUGGCCAAGAACAUGGUUUCUCAGCAAAUGGUAUUUU